UGCACAUAUUCAUAUAAUUACUUGACAAUGCUUUCCUCCAACAUUCCACCUCCCAACAUCACAUACUCAAUACGACCGUGACAUCAUACAAUCAAUAUGAAAGCUACGUUAGUUCUGGCUUUGUUGACGUGCGUAUUGGCGCUGGUGUACAGCGACCUGGUGUGCGGAACUAACUACUGCAAGCAACACCCGUGCACAACGCGCGUGGCACCUACCAGCUGCCGCUCGCCAUCCCUUUACCGUCCCAACCACGCCGGCAAGUGCGCGUGCUGUCCCGCUUGCGUUACCUUACUAGGUGAGGGCGCUGCAUGCAAGACUUACAGCAAGGAGCUGGGAGAGACGCCCUCUGCCGUCUGCCGCGAGCCGCUCAAAUGCUUGACCGGGGUCUGCACCAAAGUUACUCCACGCCGUUAACUCGAUUAACAAAAAUUGAGCUCCAAAUAAACAAUAAACGCUAAUAUUUUUG